CAAUAAGUACCGCGGAACUACAAAUACUAGUAUAGGAUUACAAUAGCUGAUAAAUAUAUUAUGUUUACAUUGAAUGUCUGCUUAAAUCCGUAAGACGUCAGAUGGCAAAUAACGAUUUGACAUAAUAUUUGUUAAUUAGAUCCCUGCGGAUCAGGACAAUUUACCAGAUUUUUAUGCAAAUAUAAGGCUUGGGAGACAGUUGUAUUUAAGACCUUGUUUUCAGCGUGACUUUCCAGUGUCUACUCUCGUCUGCAAGACACAAUAAACGACUAAAACAUUUGUUUCGUUUGAGCUCGAGAAAUUUAUAGAUAAUAUUUAAUAGGAUAUAAGGACUGCUACUUAGACAAAUACUUAAAUAUUAUGCAAUCAGCUUCAACGAAAACCAAGUUUCGCAGACAACCAGUGUCUAGCAAGAAAACUAGCAAAGGGAAGUCGACUCAAGGGAAAUCUAAUCCAGAAAGACGUAAUUCUGCCAAACGUGUAUUGAAGGAUAAAGGUUUAAAAGAAAGAGCUGUACGUUUUCGAAGUACAGAUGAGGAAUUCGUUUUUGAAAUUGACCCCUUCGAUAAAACUGUUAUUCCGGAUGGGUCUGACAUUUUCCAAAGUAUACUUAAAGAGAUGAAAGGGGGCGAUGGUACUGCCGAGGAUGACGAAGUGUUUGAUGGUGUCUUUACAGCCACCGUUACGGUAGAUCGUUUGGAAAUGAAAUCAGAUGUAAAGAAACCACCUGUGCCAAGGAAAUCGAUAUUGAAACGACGAAGUUCGUCAAGACGAUAAAAAUGUUAACUCUGACGAGUUAUAAUAAAGAAUGCAAAGAAAAAGUUGAAAUUUAAAAGAGAAUAUGUGCAAUUGACAAAACCUGAGCUUAUGUGAUGACGACGUAACGUUAUAGUUACUGAAAGAGGAUAAUGAUACCAGUGAUUAUCAUUCAUUCAUUCAUUCAUUCAUUCAUUUGUUCAUACUUUUAUUUAUUUAUUUAUUUAUUGAAUGUGAAUUAUCUUACCAGUCUUAUUGUUCAUGACAAUAGCUGUACAGCUGGUAUUUCAUAAUAUUAUCUUAGGUGGUAAACCUUUCAUCACUCUAUCAUGUACAGUAUUAUUCUUUAUGUGAAAUACCAAUUAUUUUCAAACUCAUUAAGAUAAAAUACGGGUAUUUGAAACUAAAUAAAUUACAGAGAGUACC